CUCCUGCCAGAUGGAAGGGGCACAAACCUGGAUGAGAGGGGUCGGCUACAAUCUUCUUAGUGUUCUUUUUCAAAGCCACUUGAGCUUCAUGUUGCCUAAGGGUGCUGUACCCAUACAGGUCUGUUUGCCAUCUACCGUGUCCUUAAGGACUUGCCCUACAAACCACAUACUGUAUAGUGGUCCUAAAUCUUUGUUAAUAAUUUACUUACUUUAUUGUCCCAUUGUUUCACCUUGGACUAAAAUAUGAGAUUACAUUCAGUAUUAAUCAGGGCAGAGACUGGCUGAUGGAGUCAUAUUCACCGAAACAGAAGUCUUGUUUUAUGCAGUUUUACAGUAUAUUUUACACUAUUUUGAAGAGAUUUUUGUUUAUUUAACACAUGGAUAUUUGCAUGACAACCUUGUAGAAGCUUGCAAAAUACAAAAUCUUUUAAUAUAACCAGAUAUUUGUACCCCCCACGCUUGACAGGAAAUAUCUGUAUGAUGUGCUAUAGUUAUACUAUGUAAAACAAAUGUAAAGAGGGAUGUGAGUCAUUUUCAACAGUGGGGCAUUUGUGUGAUGACCUUUUAAAUAAAGACAAAAUACAGUUUCCCAAGAUAACCAGAUAUGGGCGCCUCCCCCCACCCCCACAUACCCGUACGGUCCUACAACAAUGGCUUUGUCUCUGACAGACAAUGUGUAGUGUUGUCCAAGAAACGUAACUGCAUAAUGACCCCCCCCAUCGAGCCUCCCUUUAAUUACCCAGCAUGCACCACUGUCCUCUGCUAAAUGGCCCCUUUUGUUUUAGUCCUCCCCACCACCUUAGUUGACAUCCACACUUGUUGUGCCUGUGUGAUCAGUUAAACAGCAUCAAGUAUCAUGUUCUAUCCCUGUUUCAGACUGUUGGAUAUGCCUCUUCACAUCAAUGGAUUGCAUGUUUAUUGAGAUUCUUUCAGUGAAGCUGAGGAGCAGAAAGUGGGGGUCUGACUUGCAAGGUGCAGGUCAUCCUGGGACCGCCACCUGGAUCCUUGCCAAAAGAGUAUUAAUAUAUAUCCAUAUAACUUCAUAAAGAAAGACUUUUCUUUCUAUAGCAUUUCAAGUAGCCUAUGUUACAUAUUAAGCUGCUGCCAUACUUACUAAUAUUGGUUCACAGCAUGUUUGUAGAAAUAUAAUCUGCAAUAUUGGUAUUUAAUUUAGUUAUUGGAGAGUUUUCUAUUAGUUUCUGAAGUAUGAAUGAGUUGACUAUAAACACUAAAAGUCUAUUAUAAAUCAUUGUCCUGCUGUUGUUUAUUCACUUAAGAGGGGCAUAAUAGUAACACAACCCAAAGGUUAUUGUAAUUUACGACACGGCUGCUAUGGUUUAUAUUACUUUGACCUCCGUGAUGACUGGUAAAAAAUGAGCUUAACUAAAGGCUGUAAAAAGGGGCUGGAUUGUGAUCUUAUCAUUGAGGUCUCAAUGCUUCACAGGCUCUGAAUGAAGCUUCCCAGUAAACUGACCCCCGAGCAGCUGAUCGCAGCGCACAGUGCGCGUAGUCAUCAGUGAGCCCGCAGCGUGUCGGCAUCUGGAGCGCACUGACGGAUUAUUGGACCGAUGUUUUGUUGAGGAUCUACUGAAUGUUUGUUUGGCUGCUGUUUCAGAGGCUCUUGGUUCAAGCUAUCGAUGGAGAGGCAGGCGGUGCAGCGGGCCAAGGAGGCCUUCCUGAGCGGCAGGACUCGGCCUCUGGAGUUCAGACUGCAACAGCUUCAUGCCCUGCAGAGGCUGAUCACCGAGAAUGAGGCUGAGAUCUCCACUGCUCUCAAACAGGACAUCAACAGGAGCCAGUAUGACACACCGCUCUUGGAGCUGAUUGGCAUCGACACCGAGAUCAAACUGGCUUUGGAGAAACUGGCAGAGUGGGCGGCCCCACGGCCUGCAGAGAGGAACCUUCUCACCAUUUCAGAUGAGGUCUACAUCCUUCCGCAGCCUCUAGGGGUGGUGCUCAUCAUCGGGGCCUGGAACUACCCAUGGGCCCUCACACUGCUGCCCCUGGUUGGAGCCAUUGCUGCUGGCAACGCAGCUGUGGUGAAGCCGUCAGAGCUCAGUGAAUACUCGUCUCUCCUCCUCCGGGCUCUGCUGCCUCGCUAUCUGGACAAGGAUCUGUACCCGGUUAUAACUGGUGGAGUGUCAGUGACACAGGAGCUGCUCAGGCUCAGAUUCGACCACAUCUUCUACACCGGCAGCAGCGCUGUGGGUAAACUGGUGAUGGAGGCUGCGGCUCGCCACCUGACCCCAGUUACCCUGGAGCUGGGAGGGAAGAGCCCCUGCUACAUCGACAAGGACUGUGACAUCAGGGUCGCCUGCCGACGUAUAACAUGGGGAAAGUUUGUGAACUGCGGUCAGACGUGCAUCGCUCCAGACUUCAUCCUGUGUGAACCCUGCAUCCAAGGCCGAGUGGUGGAAUGCCUCCGACAAACUCUACUGGAAUUUUAUGGCGCUGAUCCCAAAAGCUCGCCAGACUAUGGGAGAAUCAUCAACCAGCGCCAUUUCCUCAGAGUCAUGGGUCUGAUGGAGGGUUACACCCCUGUGGUGGGAGGACAGAAUGAUGCCUCACAGCGGUACAUUGCCCCAACAGUGCUAAAGGACGUGCCCCCCCACUCCAGGCUGAUGCAGGAGGAGAUUUUUGGCCCCUUGCUGCCCAUAGUGGCUGUGAGUGACAUGGAUGACGCCAUCCGCUUCAUCAACGAGAGAGAGAAACCUCUGGCACUUUACAUCUUCUGCUCUGAUAAGAAGGCAACAAAACGGAUGAUUGAGGAGACCACGAGCGGAGGAGUGACUGUCAAUGACGUUAUGAUGCACUACACACUCAGCUCACUCCCAUUUGGUGGUGUCGGUCAGAGUGGUAUGGGCCACUACCAUGGUAAACAUACCUUUGAUCAGCUGAGCCACCAGAGAGCGUGCCUGGUUCGCUCUCUGCGGAUGGAGAAUGUCAACUUGGCCCGCUACCCUCCUCAGGACCGCCGGAGGGCGCGUAGGGUGCAAAUGGCCCUCAGGUCACCCAUGAUCGACAUGUCCAAAAGGACGUUUGUCUGGGCGGUCACUGCCACCAUCAUCGGCUUGGGCCUGUUCGUCACCCUUCUCGUCGUACUGCUCAUCGCGUCAGGCCUUAACUGUACUUGCUGGUACUGGAGAGGCUUUUAUAACUAGAGGAACUGUAACUUCCGUUUGUAAAAUCUAUCCAAAGAAGAAGUGCCUGUUGCAACACUUACCAUGUAAACACCACAUUUGAAUCCGGUUUUGUAUAAAGAUUUUGUUGACGUUAUUGCUUGUGGUCAGAAGUAAAAAUGAAAGUAUGAAAUAAUAAUUAUAAAAUGUAAACCUAUGAAUUUGUGAGAAAAGGUAAAAAGGAGUGAUGGCUUGAUCAGUAGUAACAGAAUUUGACGUUAAAUUAAAUUCAGGAUGCCGCCACAGUUGCUGGGUUCUAUUUCUCGCAUUUACAACUUUCACAGACACACACACACACACACACACACACACACACACACACACACACACACACACACACACACACACACGCACACAUUCAUCUAUUUUUUAUAUUUUAGCAGGACAUACAUUUCUAUUUUUUUGUAUCGUUGGAAAGUAAUCUGUACACCCAAAAAAAUAUGACAUGAUAUGGUUACUGGCAAUAAUCAAAACUAAUCGAAAAAGUAUUUAAAAAAGGAAUCCAAUCCAAGAGAUAUUUAGUAAAUCUAAAUCAAUUUCACGAGAAAAAUGUAUUAAUGUGUAUUUAAUGUGUAAUUUAUAUUUACUGAAUAUUUGGGUGAAAUUGAUUUAUAAUUAAUGAAUAUUUGACUGAUAUUAAUUUGACUAUUUAUAUAAAAUUGGUUUAUAUUUACUGUAUACUGGAGUGAAGUUGAUUUGUAAUUACAGAAUAUUUGGGUGAAAUUCAGUGUUACGUGGUAAUACUAAUCUGGAUAAAAUUGAAUUUGAUUUACUGAAUCAAAUAAACUAUCAACUCACACUAA